CAAGGCUAGACUUAAGCUGUUUAAUGUUCUGCUUUUUACAAAGUGUGAUUAUUCCAAUUUAAAACAAAAACCAGUAUGUUAAAUGAUAAUUUAAUUUAAAUGUCAAGGUUAGUAUUGCUUGUAAUAAAAAAAAAUUGCUUGGCAACAAUAUAAAAUGCCAAUUUUUAGUGAUGUGACCUAGAAGAAUCCAGUGGCUAAUAUCAAGUAUGCUAUUAACAUAUGUAAUUUAUUCACUUUGUAUUACUUAUUAGGCUUGCAGAUGGCUAAUAUCAAGUAUGCUAUUAAUAUAUGUAAUUUUUUUUCAUUUUGUAUUAUUUGAACUUUUUUCAAAUUGAACUUUGGAGUAGUUGGAACUUGCAAAUUGCCUGCCAAAUUAGGUAUUCUCAGUGUUGCAUGCAAAGACAAGGAGUUAAUUUGCUAGUAUUGGAAAUAUGGACCUGGAACUUUGUUUGGACUUUGUUUGGAAGAGGAGGCUGUCAUUAAAGUCCAAAUGUUCUACAAUCUUGGAUCAUACAAAAACAGAUUUGACCCUAGCAUAAACAGGUGUGGAACUAUGUGAAUGUAUGACAGAACUACCUUUAAGUGCUGAUGACCAUCUAAAAUAAGUUUGUUAUAUAAAGGAACUACAAUGGUGCACUUUAUUAUGAUGCAAGAGUGCUUUAACUUGACCACUCUGGUUUUAAUAUUGUGCUUUUAGGUGGUCGUUGGUACCUGAGCAAUAGAGGCUCAUGUGAGUGAAACAAUUCCAAACACAAAUGGUUGCCUUUAGGCACUUAAGCGGAUUUGUCGAAGAUCUUUAAGUUAAAUGACUUACUUUGGCUUAUUAUUUAAAGGAAUAUUCUGGGUUCAAUACAAGUUAAGCUCAAUCAUCAGCAUUUGUGGCAUAACGUUGAUUACCACAAAAAUAAAUGUUGACAUCCCUUUUCUUAAAAAAAAAAAAAAAAAAAAAAGGCACAAAUCUGGGUUACAGUGAGGCACUUACAAUGGAAGUGAAUGGGGCCAAUCUGUAAACAUUAAAAUACUCACUUUCAAAAGUAUAGCCACAAAAUGUGUUAAAAAAUUUAGUAUGAUAAAAUCACUUACUAACCUUUUCUGUGUAAAGUUAUAUCUAAUAAUACAACUUCACUGCCAUAACAACGUAAUGCUAUACACCCUAAAUCACUUAAACAAUGAUUUAAACAACUUUAAAGUUCAAAAAAUACAUGAGUUUUAACAGAAGAAUUAAUUUAUGUGUUUUUAUAAAAUUAUAAGUUUCACAUUUCUACCUUUAACCCAUAAAAAAAAUUGGCCCCAUUACCUUCCAUUGUAAGUGCCUCAAUGGAACCUUGAUUUUUGCUUCUUUCUUUAAGGAGGGUCGAGUCUAAUUUAUUUUGUGGUAAUCAACAUUGUGCCACAAAUGCUGCCGAUUGAUUGCCCAAUUAUUGUGCUGCUUUAUGCUUUUUGUUUCUCUCAACCAGAGACUUCUGUCCUAACAAAAGCAAAACCAUAAUACUUGACCCUUCUCCAGGUUGUCCUGUGCACCAUGGGGGUAAAAGCAGCCCUUCCUAGGUAUGAGCUCUAUUUCUACAAUGUAGUGCUGUGUAUGGCAAUGUUCUGGGCUGCCAGAUGGAUCUUUGAAGUGUCUAGCUCAAAUACCAACAGAAAAACCUUCAAGACCAGUGUUCAGACAGGAUGGUACUACUCUGGCAGAAGAAUGGAUACAGCUGAUGUUGAAUGGAUGAUGUGGUUUUCCACGUUCCGAGAGCAUAUCAUCUUUGCACUCUCAGGUCACGUGAUCUUUGCCAAGAUCUGCUCCAUGCUGGCUCCUCAGUACAGAUCCCUGGUUUUCUUGGUGUAUGGCAUGCUGGCUGUUUUCACCAGUAUGGGCUGGGCCUACAUCACUCUCAUCCUCUCUCACUGUGUGCUGCUGUACAGCAUCUCUCUGGUCAAGCUCAGGUGGCUCUGCUUCAUGGCUGGACUCACCACACUGGCUACCUUUAAAAUGGAGCCCUUUAUUUCCUGGCAGGCAGGGUUUGUUAGCGGUUCUUUCGAUCUCCGUCCUGUCCUGUUUUAUGGUGGCUGUGGGUUCACCAUCAUGCGCUGCAUGAGUUUCGCUCUUGAGAACUGUGAGAAGAAGGAUGGAAACUACAGCAUCCUGGAGCUUCUCAAGUACAACUUCUACCUCCCCUUCUUUUUCUUUGGGCCCAUCAUGACCUUUGAUAAGUUCCACAUUCAGGCCAAUAACCCUAGCCUAACCAGGAAAGAGGGGGAGAUGUGGAAUAUUUCCAUUCAGGCACUGCUAAACCUGGGGGUUAUUACCAUAGUGGCAAUCCUUUUUCACUUCAUGUAUAUUCUGACUAUACCUAGUGACAUGAAGCUCCUUAAACACAUCUCUGAUUGGGCACUUGUUGGAUUGGCCUACUUAAAUCUGGUGUAUGAUUGGGCAAAAGCAGCAGUGAUGUUUGGGGUGAUAAACACAGUAUCAAGACUGGAUCAUCUGGACCCUCCUCAACCACCAAAAUGCAUCAUGAUGCUUUAUAUGUUCUCCGAAAUGCACUUCAAUCGUGGAAUUAAUGACUGGCUCUGCAAGUAUGUGUAUAAUUACCUUGGUGGAAAGCAUGAGAAUGUUAUGGAUGAGCUGAUAGCAUCCCUGUGCACAUUUGGCUUCACGGCCCUCUGGCUGGGACCAAGCUGGGUGGUUUUCAUUUGGGCUUUGUUAAACUGCUUUGGCCUUAAUUUUGAAUUGUGGACCGCCAAGUUCUUCACUAUGGAACCCUUUAUUUCUAUUGAGAUGGCGAUAUCUGAUUCUAUGUCACGCAGGAUAAGGGCUGUGUUUAAUACCUUCAAUUUCUGGACUAUAGUCCUCUACAAUGUCUUGGCCCUGAACAGUCUGGAAUUUGCCAAGCUUGUUGCCAAGAGAUUGUUACUCAGAGGGUUUCCCUUCACCACCAUCACUGUGAUGUUUGUUACCUACUGCUUAAUUCAGCUGAUUAAGGAAAGGGAAAGAAGACAGGCUUUGAUAGAUGAUCCAGACCCAAUUCCCCCUUCUGUCCCUGUUCCUCCCCCCACAUCUGCACCCACUACCAUCACCCAGACAGAUAGUGCUGCCACCCAGCCUGUGGACCCUAACAAGGAAAAGGCAGAGUAGAGAUUAGACACAACAGUUAAAUUUCUCUGAAACAGGUUUACUUGCGUAUUUGUGGUCUUGGAAUAAUGUGGACAAUCAUAGUCUGAAUAUACAGAAAAAAAGAUGUUAAAAAAAGUUAUAAUAACAAUACUGUAAGGAAAGAUGCUGUGUUUUAAAAUGGCUUUUUAAAAAGUUUGUACAGGUUUUGUCAACUUUAACUACAGCAAUACUCUCAUUGGCUACUUUUUUAAUUAGUGACAGUUUUACAUGGAUAUAAAAGGAGUUAGAGAUAUGUGCUUUGUAGUUAAUAACCUAAAGGAUUUAAUUACUACAGAUUUUAUGAUCUAGUUUUCAUUAAAAUGUGUUCUUAAAAUAAUUCCUGCCUGUAUUCAAACACUGAGGAUGCAAUGAUGUUAUGAAAUGAAUACAAACUGAAGAUCACAAGGUUUUCUUUAUGAAUAAAAAACACACAAAAAAAACAAAAAACAAAAAAAGACACUACUUGUACAGUAUGUUUCUCCAUUAGUUUGCCCUUGUAAAUGUUUGAAAUAACAUUUUCCUACAAAUUAGUGUGGUAAUACGUAACAUGUUUUCAUUUCAAAUUUCUGUAAACGGAAAGAAUAAAGGAACAGUCAUAGACUAGCAUCAAUUUAAUCAGAGCUGAUGCAGUCUCUGGCACAGACUGACUCCCUGACAUGGUUGCUAAAAUUAAAC